AUGCUGGCGCACCUGGAUUGGAGCAACGAUGACGUUGAGACGAAAACCUGCAUUCCGAUGCCUGAGCAGCUAGCGAUGGGGAAACGCAACCGUUCGCCUAGUCAAGCGGGGCGAUCUGGGAUGCAUUGUCCGCGCGACUACCCAGCCGUCCCAGUCGAUACUGGCUUCUUGCCCCGUUGCGAAAGCGUGAAGAAGCCGCUCGAGUGGUGCGAGACAGAUAGUCCCGACUCCCGAAGUCACGUUUCGCCUCUCUCAACAACAAAUAUCAGCAACAACGAUACUCGGAUGAUAGAAGGGAUGAAGGAAGUAGGGAGUAAGGUGCCGUUCUACUAUCAACACUUCUGGAAGAACGUCUUGUUACUAGCCUUGAGUGUAUUCUGCGCUCCCCUUUCGGCUGCGGUCUGCCUGAUCAGCGUUGCCGCCACCAAGCUUCACGGCCAGCGUAACAUCACCUUCUCAAAGGAAGAUAAGCAGCAUGGCGCAGCUGUCCAGCAAAGAAAGACUAUCCUCGUGACUGGGGUAUCCAUGACAAAGGGUCUGGCAAUUGCACGAAAUCUCUCUCAACAUACACCUCACCGCAUCAUUGGCGCUGAUGUCUCGGCCUUGUCACCAGGACGCUUCUCCAACGCUAUUGUGAAGUACCAUCGUCUGGAUAGCCCAAGUGGCGAUGACGUCGAACCAUAUAUCGACUCUAUACUCGACGUGAUUCAUAGCGAAAAGGUCAAUUUAUGGAUCUCAUGCUCGAGUGUUGUAGCAGCCGUGGAGGACGGACAGGUUGUACGGCUCGCCGAGAAACAAGCAAAGAGUGAGGGACGACGAUUCGAAGCCAUUCAGUUCCGCGAAGAUGUUGUGGAGAAGCUCCACGAAAAGGACAAGUUCAUCGAGUACAUUGACUCGCUACGGCUCCCGGUCCCAGAGUCCCACCGCUGUACCAACCCACAGGAAGCCCUCGACGUACUGAUGCGCGAACUGCAUCGAACACCUACCAAACCCAAUUCAACAUCAUCCGCAAGGAAGAGCAGUUCAGCGCUGAGAAAGCAGUUCAUCAUGAAACCCAUUGGUGUAGAUGACAAGGCGAGAAACAACAUGAUGAAACUUCUCCCAUUUCCAAGCACCGAAGCAACAACAAAGUACAUUCGAUCUCUCGGCAUCUCCGAGGCAAACCCCUUCCAAAUGCAGCAGUUCAUCCAGGGCAAGGAAUACUGCACGCACGCGCUCGUCAUCAGAGGUAAAGUCGCUGCCUUCACCAGCUGCCCGUCCCUAGAACUACUCAUGCAUUACGAGCCGCUCCCCACGCACUCAGAACUCAGUAAAGCGAUGCUCCACUUCACCCAGCGCGUAUGUGCAGACGGCGGAGAGAAAUUCACAGGACAUGUCAGUUUCGACUUUCUCGUCCAAAACGAUCAAGAUGUGAAACUGUACCCUAUUGAGUGUAAUCCGCGUGCGCACACCGCAGUUGUUUUAUUCGAGCAGACUGCCGAAAUGGCAGAUGCCUAUCUUUCCCUCUUCAAUGACGCCUCAUCUUCAUUGCCGCAAAAGUCAUCGCCACCCAUCAUCUUCCCGAGAACGCCAACACACAGCUACUACUGGCUUGGCCACGAUAUCGUCACCUUAGGCAUCCUGCCCAUCUUGGAUACGUUGUUUCACCAGGGAUCUUGCGAAGAUGUCAUUACGGGGCUGAUGGCUUUGUGGCGCCAUUGGAUCUAUUGGAAAGACGGCACGUUUAAGCUGGAAGACCCUUGGCCAUUCUUUGCGCUGUAUCACGUUUACUGGCCCGUGAGGUUUUUAGAGUCGCUGGUGAGGGGGCGGAAGUGGAGUCGGAUUAAUCUUAGUACAACAAAGAUGUUCUUAGAUUAG